AGAUCACCGAAGAUAAGCUCUGGAAACCCUUCAUUGAGUCGUUGCGUGAAAGGCCUGAUAACAUGGACAAGCGCAGUUUUGCCAGUGCUCAGUCGGCAGAAGUCAAGAUACAAAUUGAGAAGUUGGCAAAAGUGCGGUAUGACAAUCAUGCAAGCGUGUAUAAAACUAUUCAACAACAACGUUCACCAGAAUCCAAUCAACUGGUCAUCUGUAUGGGCGUUCGGGAUAAUGCGCGUCUCCAUGCGCAUUGGCGAGGUUG